AUGAUGGAUCCAAACUCAGUCGCCAUUAUUGGAGCGGGCAUAUUCGGUCUCUCACUAGCGAUUGCCCUGCGAGAUAGAAACUAUGAAGUGACCGUUUUUGAUCGAAGCCAAUACGAUACAAAUGGAUAUGACCCCACAGCCGAUGAUGUACAAGCUGCAUCCGCCGAUCAAAACAAAAUCUUCCGUGCAUCAUAUGGAAAAGAGAUUCAUUACCAGCGUCUCGCUCUGGAAAGCCGAAGAGCGUGGGUUUUGGAGGACGAGAAGCGUGGAUCAAUGGAACAAGAUGACGGCAGAAAUAUCGGACUUUUUGUUAACAGCGGAAUGCUCCGUGUACAGCCUUCCGACCACUUGGCCGCCCUAGAGAAAGAGACUCUAGCCAACAUGGAGCGUGAUGGUAUACGAGACACACAAUUCGUUAAGAGUGACCCAGCAGACUGUGAACGGGCUGAAAAGCUGGGCUGGAAAGACAAGAUACUCAACUUCCAUAUCCCAGAUUCUGCUGAAAGCACAUAUGAGGCGGUACUUGACUCUCUGGCUGGAUUUGUGAGGUGCAGUAAUGCCUGUGCUCAUCAUCAAAAAGUGGCCGCCGACAAGGGUGUGAAAUUUUGUUUCGGGCCAGAGGGGGCUGUUGAUUACUUGGUCAAAGUGAAAAGCAAGCUUGAGCCGAGCAAAGAUAAAGUGACAGGUUUGAAGACGAAGGAUGGUGUUGUGCAUUAUGCGGACUCCGUUGUUGUGGCUGCCGGAUCGUUUUCGACCCAGAUUCUCCCUGAAUUGAGCUAUCACCUCGAGUCCUCAGCUGGUAGCCUUGCAACCUUUAAGAUAGACAAGAGCAAAACUGAGCUAUGGGACAAGUACUCACCCGAACGAUUUCCCGUCAUGACCUGGAAGAGUACACCACGAGACAUUUCUGGAAACGACACGGGGAGUAUUUACGUUCUACCAAGAACCCCUGAAGGCCUUGUCAAGAUUGGAUACCGUGGAAUUAAGUGGACCAAUUUCCAGCCAGCGCCGCAAGAUACUCCCUUCACCCAGGACGGUCAAUGGUCUGUGCCUCUUCCAGUGGAGGAGUGCUCACUACUUCCAGAGCCAGCAUUGUAUGCUAUCAAGCAGUUUGUGUCUGUAUUUCUGCCUGAGUUCGAGAAUACACCAUUUUUCUCUACAAAGCUUUGCUGGUACACGGACUCGCUGGACAAUUCAUUUGUGAUUGAUCAUGUCCCAACUUACGCAGAGAAAUCGGUGUUCGUUUGCACUGGGGGUAGUGGUCAUGGUGCAAAGUUCCUACCGGUUCUAGGAAAGCAUGCCGCGGAUAUAUUCGAGAAUGGUGAUCAAAGCUCCUCUUUUAUGCGCCCAUUCUGGCGCUGGCGGCCCGACGCACCUAGAAGAAAUGGGCUGGAAGAAGGUCCCGGCGGACCACGAGAUAUCUCGCACAACUAA